GUGACGACAGUCGUCAAGACAGCUCCGUGUGAGGCGGAUGCCAGAUCAGGGAAACCCGCUUCAUUCAUCGCCGGGGAGCGGAGCGGGACGGCGGGGGCUUGUCUUCGGGAUUCUCCGCUGAAGAGGAACCCGCUGACCGGAAAACAUGUCCGGCGACAAGGCGACGGGAUCCUGCAACCGGUUCCAGCCGAACAUCUUCAAUAAGAGCAAAUGUCAGAACUGCUUCAAGUCCCGGGAAGUUCACCCGCCGAACGACAGCGACCUGGAGCAGGCGAAGCCCGUCUACGCCGGCUGGUUGUGUUUGGCUCCUGAGGGAACAGACUUUGAUAAUCCCGCCCAGAGGUCCAGGAAAUGGCAGCGGCGAUUCUUCAUCCUGUACGAACACGGCAACCUGACGUACGCGCUGGACGAGCUGCCCAGCACUCUGCCACAGGGAACCGUCAACAUGAACCUGUGUACCGGCGUUACGGACGCCGAGCUCCGGACCGGCCAGAGGAACGCGCUGUGCAUCGCCACGGCGUCGCAGGAAGUCUUCGUCCGCGGCGACAGCAGAGAGACUGUCAGCGGGUGGGGCGAGCAGCUCACUGCGUACCUGUCUGCUAACGAACAGCAGAAGAAGAAACGCAGCGUUGACUGUGUGGCCAAUCAGAAGGACCCCAGCCCAGCAAACAUGGCCGCUGCCGGUCGGAGCAGUCCUGCAGCGGCGGCCGGGCCUGCAGGCCCAGAUGUGCCUCCGGUCCGGACCGUAACCAGAACCGACCCAGGUGGAGGUAAAGGCGGAUCAGUCAGAGAUCAGAAGGUCCCUGAUGUUUCUACGCGCAGCACAAAGAGUGAAAUGAGUCACGUCAGACGAAUGAAACGCAACAGCGUGCCGACCCAGCCGGGUCCCGCUACCUCAAUGACCCCUGUGACCUCUGGCGGCCCUGGACGCCUGGCUGGCUCGGUCAGCUCCCCGGAGUUAUCAGCCGCCAGCCGUUACGACCAGAACCAGAGCAGAAGGUUAGACAUCCGACCAACACGCCCCCUGGUGGAGAGUCAGGAGGGGGAACAGCUAGCACGGUUAGCAUCGACCGUUUCUCAGCGGCUCCAUGUGACGGCAGCCUAA